AUGAAUCCUAUCAGGCCAAGCCAGCCUGUGGUUAAACCAACGGUUCAGACUCGGCCCGUUCCCCAGCAUUACCAAACUCAUGAGCUCGGACUAGCUACUACUAAGUCUUUAAAUCUAUCUAUGGCGCCUAGUCAGAUAUACUCGUCAGUCCAAAGUGCUGCGACUACUCUAGUGCCGCAAAUUUUCCAACGGGCUUCUGCACCAUCAGUCGUCUCUCACGUCAAAUCCGUGGACUUGGGGUCUCAUGAGGAUCUUGUCUACCCGCCGCGUCCAGGGGACGCAAGUCGAAACUUGGCCGAAGCGACGUGUCCGUAUUGCCUUUACGUUCUUUCUAGCCUUGAGAUUAGCGGUGAGGCGAGGUGGAGGAAACAUAUUCUCGGUGAUCUAGAUGCCCUAGUUUGUCUCUUCGGCCCCUGCGAUGAACCGAAUGUCCUGUACAAGCAUAGCAGAGAUUGGCUCCAGCAUAUGCGCAAGCAUACCCGGCGCUGGCGCUGCUCAGCAAAGGUCCACGGCAUCCUUGAAUUCAACAGCUGUGAAGAGUUCGAAAAUCAUAUGAGAAGUGGUCAUGGGAAACAGUACACAAGUGCUCAGCUUGGUCUUCUUGCCGAGAAGGCAAUGCGUUCGUCCGGACCAUUAUUCGAAGUAUGCCCUCUCUGUGGGGGCGAAGACGAUGAGGGUAGUAACCUAGAUUCAGGCGAUUUAAUUGACCAUAUUGUUGUCCAUCUAAGAACGCUUGCACUCAAGUCUCUUCCUCCGCAUUAUGGAGACGACGACAACGCUUCCUCGAACACACAUGAUAACGAGUCUACAAAAUCCCGCAACACCGUCAAAAUAUUUCUCAAUGAAUAUGAUGUCUCUUUUAGUUCCCCAAGUCGGUCCCCAGUACCAAUGGAUGACAUACAAAUCCCCCUUGAACUUCUCGGCGAGAACCGGCAUGAAACCUCUGACGAUGAUAACGCCUAUAACGUCCCUGACAGCGAUGAGGCUGACUGGCAGCAUCUCUUGAAAACGGCCUUAUAUCCAACACAAGAUACUCAUGAUCCCAUUAAAUAA